AUGUCCAUCCCCGAACGUCGCGUUAGCAACAUCAGCACUGUUCGACCCCGCGUUGCUUCCAGUCGCGUCGAUGCCGACAAGCUCAAACACACCCAAUCGCCGUACCCAAACGAUAAGAUGGACCCUUUGCGCACAAGUACCACCAGUCCGAAAUACAAGACAACGCUCGAAGUCAAAAAAGUGACCGGGAAACACACGGAGCGAUCAGUUCUGGCAGAGAAAUGGCGAGCCGCAAGGGAAUUCGACGACUCGGAUAAGAGGAGAGCCAAGAAGGCCCCAUCUGCGGCGCAUUCAAGACCAGCGACAGCUACAAAGCAGGAGACGGAGGCGAGCCAAGCGCCAUGGAAUCCGCAAGCAUGUCUUAUUCCUCACUCAACAGCUCCUCUCGCCAGUCGUGUAUCAGUCCCUCCAUUAGCUUCAAAUGCGCCUCAGUCCAUCGCCCCUCGCCCAUUUCGGGAGCUUUCUCCUGACGCGCAGGAAUCUGCCAUCCUGGAGGAUCUACUAUUCGUGUUUAUGGGCUUCGAAGGGCAAUAUAUUCACUACCAGAGCGCCUAUGACCCAGCUGCGGAGAAGGAUCGUCUCACCGGUCCUGUUUACCAAUUAGCGCCAGGCUUGGACCCGACUCUACGAGACCUCACACAGUCCAUGCUCAAGAUGGCGACGCAUUAUAGUGCAAUGGAGACUUUCGUGGAAAUUCAGAGUCGGGCUGAGUAUGGCGCUGUUAGCCAUGCACUUUGCGCAUCUAUUCGCAAACUCCUCAAGGACUAUCUGAUCUUGAUCGCUCAGUUGGAAGGCCAGCUGCUGAACAACCCUACAUUCACCCUACAUCAACUUCAUUUACAUACGAUGCCGACCAGCCAAUGCCUUGCCCAACUCUAUCUUUUGGGACAAGAACUCCUGAAGCGCAAUGGAUUGCUGGAAUCUGAUGAUUUGGACGAAUCCAUCGAUGACUUUGAUGACGUGGAUAACAUCCUCGAGCAGCUCAAGGAGGGAGGCGAUCUGGUGCCAGGUGCUAUGGCAAGCAAAAAGAUUUGCAAAGGAGGAAAUGUCUUGGGUUUGUUGACAGAACAGCUCGCUACACUAUCAGGAGAUCCGACCAGCAAGUCUCUCAUACAGGGUUUGUUGCGCGAUGCCAGCCGCCCCUACAUGAACAUGCUCAAUGAAUGGUUGCACCAUGGUGGUAUCAAAGACCCCCAUGCAGAAUUCUUGAUCAAGGAGCAGAAAUGGAUUAAACGUGAGAAGCUUGAGGAGGAUUACACCGACGAAUACUGGGAAAAGCGCUAUACAAUCCGCGACACUGAGGUUCCACCACAGCUCGAGAGUGUCAGGGACAAGGUUCUUCUCGCUGGAAAGUACCUCAACGUGGUACGAGAAUGCGGUGGUGUUGAUGUGAGCAAAGCCGUGAAGGAUGUUCCCAAAACUCUUGACGAUCCGCGCUUCCUGGAGAACGUCAAUGCAGCUUAUACCUACGCCAACGCCUCGCUUCUCAAUCUCCUUCUCACCAAAAACUCGCUGACUACGCGAUUCCGAUCUCUAAAACACUACUUCUUCCUCGAUCGAUCGGAUUUCUUUUCCUACUUCCUUGAGCUUAGCGCAUCUGAGCUGCGCAAACCAGCUCGAAAUGUGAAUGAGGGUAAACUCCAGUCGCUACUUGAUCUGGUACUUCGCCAGCCGGGCAGUAUUGCUGCACAGGAUCCCUUCAAAGAAGAUAUCAAAGUACGGAUGAACAAGAUCGGUUUAACAAGAUGGUUGAUGCAGGUAGUGAGCGUCUCUGGCAUCGACCAAGAUCACCCUGAAGCGUCAUUCGAGAAACAGCAAGCCUCGACUUCUCACAGCUCGGACGAUGAGAACAAUAUUUUAGGAUUCGAUGCGCUCGAACUGGACUAUUCUGUACCAUUCCCACUCUCGCUCGUCAUCAGUCGCAAAACGGUUCUGCGAUACCAACUCAUUUUCCGCCAUUUAUUAUCACUUCGCCACCUGGAGACGCUGCUGGUCACGUCCUGGGCAGACCAAAACAAGGUUAUGAGUUGGCGACAUAAAUCAUCAGACCGAAGACUGGAGCUAUGGAAGAGGCGCGCAUGGAACUUGCGUGCGAAGAUGCUUGUGUUUGUGCAACAACUUCUGUACUUUUGCACGGCCGAAGUCAUCGAGCCUAACUGGGUAGGAUUGAUGGAGCGAGUCAAUGGGGCGGAGGAUGCCAAUGGAUCCGAAGAAACUGUGAAUGGUACUAAGCAGGCCAACCGAACGGUCGACGAGCUAAUGCAGGACCAUGUGGAUUUCCUUGACACUUGCCUGAAAGAGUGUAUGCUCACGCAGGCCAAACUCCUCAAGAUUCAUUCCAAACUGCUGACUUGUUGCACCAUGUUUGCGUCUUGGACCGCCGCAUCGCUCUCGCGGGCACUGGCUUCGGCUGACCCUGACCAGGCUGUGGAGGACAGUCGAGGAUACGACGCGACCCGCAUAAGCAAGCUCGAAGAUACUCUCAAACGCUAUGAGGAUCAUUUCAAUCGCCACUUGCGCAUUCUUAUGGAUAGUUUGAACUACUUCGCCGCCACUGAGAGUGUUGUUCUAUUGAAGCUUGCUCAUUCCCUCAGCUCCAUCAGUAAGGAAGACUGA